CUCACUCCAUCAUUUGUUUAAUUACUCCAUCACCUGUUUGAUCACUCCAUCUCCAUCAUCCACUUCGCAUGAUGGACAACCCCAAAUUGAAUCCUUUGAAGAUGCCAGAGAUCAUUUCACUCAUCGGCACCUUCCUAGAUCGAAAAGAUGUCUUGUGUUGUAUUCGUGUCUCCAAGGCUUUUCACGAUACGCUUUUCAAAUUCCUCUGGAAAGAGAUCAACGUGAAGUUACAGUGUCCUACAACGAAAGCAUUGGAGAACAACAAGAAAUAUAUUGAGGAGCUUGUGUUUCAGUACAGCUUCCCAAAGGAGUACAGAUCUUUGCAAGGUUGUGCUCACCUCCAACACAUCAACUACUCUGGCCUAUCUCGGCAUUCUUCAGACUUAUAUGAUCUUUCCAAUCUCAUCAAGGCCCACAGAUCCACCAUCACCAAGAUUUCAUUCUGUGGUUCAAGUUUACGAGAGAUAUGGGGGGCGCUAGUGAAAUGUAUCCAUCUUGAGACGUUGGUAAUUAUUGACACAAAGAUAAGCAAUGAUGAAUUUAAUCUCUUCUCUCAAGUCUGCAAGAGCCUCAAGCGCUUGGAGAUGUACAUCGUAAGCAUCGAGCUACCUCUCGGUUUUUUGAGUGAUGACACGGAUGCAUUCAUUUUCCCAAAUAUGACCACACUAUUCUUUGAAUUUGUCGAAAUAUCCAACCCUCCACAUCCGUACACAGCAACGCAUUGCUUUGGUAUAUUCAUUAGGAGAUGUCCAGGACUGCGCUUAGUAUCUCUCUCUGAUUUUUAUAUGGAGAAUUUUUUGGAGCGAGAUCAGGAUUAUAUUGACUUUGAGAGGGCAGCAUCCCUUCACCACCCCUGCAUGCUGAUAAAUCCACAAGAGCUAUACCUCACCAUGGAAACAAGAGACGAGGAUAUGGCGGCACUUCUCAAACAAAUGACUGGAUUAAGAGAGCUACAUAUUCUAAAUUGUGAUUUCGGCCCACUCUCUAUGCGAGAAUUGCUAGCAGAGGAACGAGAGAUUUUGAAGGAUGGAUUUAUAGUACGGGAAAGUGGGUGUCGGAGGCUCUGCGAUACAAUUGAGCAGCUGACAAUCAAUAGCCAAAGUGAGAGGGCUAAUGGCAUUGUUCAAGCGAUCUUAUCCAAUUGCCCACGUCUGAAGCACCUGCGGGGAUCUAAGAUUACAGUGACAGAAAUUGUCGAUGGAGCAGAGUGGGUCAGUAUUGGCCUCAUCACUUUGACCAUCCAGCUUGAAUCUGAUGUCGAUACAGAGACUGAAGAAGGCAUGGAGAAGCAGCGUGCUGUGUUUAGACAGCUAGGCAAGCUGACUCAACUAACGGGUCUUGGUUUGACAGGGCAGGGCUUUGGAUCUAGAGAUGUUCGAACGCUGGACUUGAGUCUAAGAGCAGGUCUGGAUGAACUAAUCAAUCUGAAGCGCCUGGGUAUGUUAUUGCUCCAAUACGAUGAACAUCAACAGAUUCAGCUUGAGGAUGCGGAAUGGAUCGUAACUAAUUGGCCAAAUAUUAAGCACUGGUACGGUGUUGUAAGCAACGAGCCAGGCCCGCGCCGUUUAGUGACAGAGUUCCUUCAAUCGCACGAUAUCGUCGUCCUAUUUCCUAACCAUGGGUCUCUUGAAUUCUAACUAUUCCGCAAAUAAACGACGAUGUGGUUGCAAUUGUGUAGAUGAUAA